GUCCCGAAGAAGGACCAGGGGGAAGCAGGACGUUAAAACUUCACGUGGAACCAAGCUUUGAACCCAGCCCAUUCAACCGAGUCCAAGAAGCCAUGCCCUAGUGGCUUUGUGUCAAUUCCAAGGUCAUUAUAGAAACGAACAUCAAUCUACCCCAUUAGCUUGACUUCUCAAGUUAUUGCCUUUUCAAUGUCAGCUAAGAGGUGGUGCUUAUGGGGAUGUUACUUGUUUUCCUUUUCAAGAGGGGUUAAAUUCCAUCGCAACACCGACUCGUUUGGCUUCUUUGAGUAUUUUAGCUGGUGUCGUCGGUGUUGCUGCCAUGGGAGUGUUGAUCCUUGAGAAUUUACCAGAGAAAGAAAGAUGGAAGCUUUCAAUGAGUGUGAACUAACAACAACAUGCUAUAAUUAGUUAAACCAGUAACAGCCGAUAAGCCAUCCAAUGCGUUUAAAAGAAUAAGGUAGACCAAGAACACCCCUGCACCGAUAAUAGCAAUGACGGCAUUUGCAGAAGGGUUGGAUUGAGAGGAUAAAGGCCUGGACUUGGCAAUGAUAAUGCCAUCUCGAAAUCCCUAUUUUUUUUUUAAAAAAAAGGAAGCUCAGGUUAGUCUUCGUGAUUGACUUAUAUUUGUUCGCAAGUCGAAACAGACGCUGGCGUUUUAAUCAACGUUGGAAAACGUGGCAAUGACUUAUUGGGUGGUUGAUUUGGGUCCACUGGAAUAUUCGAAAAUGGAAAUUGCUAGGAGACUAUUGCGAGUUAAAAGAAAAUCAAACCCUCUUCUUGAGCAACAGAGAGCAGAGAGAAUGGUGAAGAAUUAAUUAAUAAAAAAAGAAGAAGAAAAGGGUUGAAAUGAGGAGAGUGGGAUGCGAUUAUCGAUGCCUUCUGAUACCAGCCGCACUCGCAUUCUUCUAUAUCCAGAUGCGGUUAUUUGUUACGCAAUCAGAGUACGAGGAUCGGCUUGCUGCUGCCGUUGAAUCAGAGAAUCAUUGUACAAGUCAAUCACGUUUGCUUAUUGAUAAGAUUAGUAUCCAGCAAGGCACUAUCGUUUCUCUUCAAGAACAAAAUAAACGACAAAGCGAAGAGUGUAGGCAGCUCAAGGCGCUUCUUGAAGAUCUUGAAAGAAAAGGCCUUAAAAAACUGGUUGAUAAGGUACCAGUGGCAGCAGUUGUGAUCAUGGCAUGCAAUCGUGCUGAUUAUCUAGAACGUACAAUUGAGUCCGUUUUGAAGUAUCAAAGGUCCGUUGCUUCAAAGUAUCCGCUUUUUGUAUCUCAGGAUGGAACAGACCCAAAUGUUAGACGCAAGGCUAUGAGUUAUGAUCAGCUAAUGUACAUUCAGCACUUGGAUUCCGAACCAGUACACACAGAAAGGCCUGGGGAAUUGAUUGCAUAUUACAAGAUUGCAAGGCAUUACAAAUGGGCAAUGGAUCAAUUAUUUUACAAGCAUAAUUUCAGCCGAGUAAUUAUACUUGAAGAUGAUAUGGAAAUCGCUCCUGAUUUUUUUGAUUACUUUGAGGCUGCAGCAGCUCUUCUUGACAAGGAUAAGUCCAUUAUGGCCGUUUCCUCAUGGAAUGACAAUGGACAAAAGCAGUUUGUGCAUGAUCCUUACGAACUUUAUCGGUCAGAUUUCUUUCCUGGACUUGGGUGGAUGCUGACUAAAUCAAUUUGGGACGAACUAUCCCCUAAAUGGCCAAAAGCAUAUCCUUUUUUUUAUAUUGAGAAUCAUAAAGGUCGACAGUUCAUUCGUCCAGAAGUGUGCAGAACAUAUAACUUUGGCGAGCAUGUACGUAUGACUAUCUAUAUGCUACUGCACUUGUUAUUUAUUUACGAUGUAAAGGUUGAUUGGAAGUCGAGGGAUUUAAGCUACCUGAUGAAGGACAAGUAUACAAAGCAUUUUGCCGACGUUGUGAGAAAAGCUAAACCUAUCCAAGGAACUGAUGCUGUUCUUAAGGUCUCAAAUAUAGAGGGUGAUGUACGUAUCCAGUACAAGGACCAACCAGACUUUGAAAGGAUUGCACGCCAGCUUGGUAUUUUCCAAGAGUGGAAGGAUGGAAUACCAAGGACAUCAUUUAAAGGAGUAGUUGUUUUCAGAUACCAAACAACAAGACGUGUAUUCCUUGUCGGCCCAGAUUCUCUUUGGCAACUUGGGAUCAAGGAUGCUCGAAACAUAUGAAAUGAGAGAUCAUGCGCUGUUAGUUCCAUAGAGUUUGGUUUUUAUCUUGUAGCAUCGCUGACGAGGAUGAGGAAGGAAGACACCAUCAGAUACCGAAGUAGAGUAAGUUCUUGUCUAUAUUUAAAUUAACAGAACUCAAAGAAGGAAAUGCGUGCAUAUUUGAGUCGUUAGAGAGGCAGUCAGGCGGAGAGAUAUGGCUACACAAAGCCAGACACAAGCAUAGUUGAUCCUGAACGACAGUGGAAUCAGCUUCUAUUUCAGAUAGGGCUUUUCUUGAUCCUUUUUGGGGUCAUAUAUACAUCUGAUCAUUAUGUGAGAUGCCUGAUCCUUAUGCUCCUCGAGUGGAGUUAGCAUGCGUGUCUUGUUAUUGGAUAUAGUUCGGAAGUUCCCAUGAAUUUUGUAGUAUUCAUCGACGACGUUGUUCUUACUAAUGUUUUUUCUUAACCAUUACAUGCCAAGUGAUCAUCGACUUGUGACUGUUUCUUGAUGCAUGGUAGUAUAUUUUUUUUUAUAUAUAAAAAAACCCGAGCUUCAGAUA